AUGGUGUUUUUCACUGUACCGAAACUCCUGGACUUUAAGAAUUCUCCUCCACACCUUCAGUUCAACAGGUACGUUUUGACCGGAUAUCGCCCUGCGGCCACUUGCACAGGAUGCUUAUGGAGUCUCUUUUACCUGCACAAUGAAUUUGGAAACAUCUACACGCACGGUGUUCCUUUUGUUUGCUUUCUGCUGCUUUUGCCUCUCAGCAUUCCCUGGUCCGAAGUGGAUGACCAGUGGCUUUGCUUUGUGCACUAUCUAGCCUGCCUCUCUCCCACCAUUGGCUCUGUCCUCUAUCACAUCUUUAUGAAUCAUGAAGGCGGAGCUCGAGUCUAUGAUGCCCUGCUCUGCUUCGACAUGUUCGGUGUCUGCCUUGUAAACACUCUAGGUGCUUUGCCAAUUGUGCACAUCACUCUCCUGUGUCGACCCUGGGCACGCCAUGCUGCCAUGUUUGGCUACGUGCUCUUCUCAUGCCGCGGUGUCCGUGAUGCGCUAACAGCUCAGAGCGGUGCUCGACGUCUGCAAUCGUUCGCCUUCCAAGCCUUGUUCCGGGCUUUCCUGUUUUUCCUGCGCUGGUUCAAACUCGGCACAGGAAACCCAGAGUCGCUCCAUCUCUAUGUCAUCAUGGAUGUGCUGGCAUUGAUGGGUGGCCUGGUCAACGUGUUGCGGGUACCUGAGCGCUUCAGCCCUGGCACCUUUGACUACUGGUUCAACAGUCACCAGAUCAUGCAUAUAGCAGUCAUUCUGGCUAUAAUGUACCUGCACUGGGGCACCAUGGAGGAUUUGGCUUGGCUGAAAGGCUACCAGUGCCCUCCGAAAUGAACAUAACAAUAGCUAGUACCUACUAGGGCUGGAGCAAUAUGAAACAUAAAGUAUAGGCAACAUU